UCAGGAAGUCUACUUCUGCACCAUCUGUAUUAUUCUCCAUCGAGCUAAUGCUUAAUAUUAUCCUAUUUCUGUCAUAGAGCUGUAAAUGUGUGUUAGCCGACAUUGUAAAGCGAUUUGUGUCAGUAAUUUGUAUUAAUAAGACGCCUGAUCUGCUCCUUCAGCUGGCUAAUGUAGCUACUAAGCUAACCUGCUACAACUUAUAACCACUCUCAGUGUUUUUAAAGCACAAAAUGCAAAAAUAAAAGCGUGCAUGCCUUCUUAAAAAAUAAGAAGAACGUUAGCUGGGACUGGAGAGGUUGAGUUGAGGGUUAAUGGUGGAAGUAUUAUUGCAGUUAACCCCUGCUGAAGAUUUGGAGGGAUGAUAGGACAGGAUAUGAAUAAUGGGGAAUAAAUACUUGGAUAAGAUCAGAGUGUUGCAUGCAUAUUUGAAUGUAUUUUUCGAGCCAGACUUUGGAUGUGCUAUUGGUGCUACUGCUAAAUGGAGCAUAUCUGUGGUGCGGAUGUGUUUUUACUGGGGAUAAACUGGUUCCUGUGGUUGCUAAAGUCCGCCGCUUUAUGUGCGCCACCCGGCUUCAUUUUGGCGCGUACCGACUGUCGGAACUGCAGCUAAACUAGUAAACUGUUUCUCUUUCUCACUCCAACCUGGCCACAGAACAUGACCAAGAUGCUGACAUAUUGCACAACUAAACACUACUGAAGCUUAUAGCAGUCCAGCUGCCUCUGAAUUGUGAAUAUUAAGCUGAAAUGGCGCGAAAACCCGGAAUAUACAGCAUUACAACCCAAUAUACAGCAUCAUGACCAGAAGAAGUGGACGCCUUCAAGCUAAAACUGAAAAUGCAGUCAUCCAUACAGACAAGACAGCAAAACUCAAGAAGGAGCAGUGCAGCAGGAAGAAAGCCCUGACCAAAAAGCUAAAUAGUGAACCUCAGAACCUAUGGGCUCAAGAGGGAACGUGCAAAGCUGAAGUCAUAAUUGAAACCCCUAUGGAUGGGCUUGAGGAUGCAUUUGAUCAGCCAGGCUUCCCAUGUUCUAGACCAUCUCCUCUGCCCAGACUCAGCUGGGGGAGUUCAGAGGACGUGUGGGUUAAGAUGUUGAGUAAGGAGAUCAAGUAUAAGCACAGUAACACCUGUUUGGAGAGGCAUCCAAGACUCCAGCCCAAGAUGAGAGCGGUUCUACUCGACUGGCUCAUGGAGGUAUGUGAGGCUUAUCUGCUUCACAGACAGACGUUCUACCUGGCACAGGACUUCUUUGACAGAUUCAUGCUCACUCAAGACGACAUGGAAAAGGAGCGGCUGCAGCUCAUCGGCAUCACGGCUCUCUUCAUCGCCUCCAAAAUAGAGGAAAUUUAUCCACCCAAACUCACCGAGUUGGCCUACGUCACAGACGGUGCAUGUCUUGAAGAGGAGAUCCUACAAAUGGAGCUUAUUAUGUUAAAAGCAUUAAACUGGGACCUGUGUCCUGAAACUGUUGUUUCAUGGAUGAAGCUUUACAUACAGAUGGCCUCAGUGUAUGAUUUCACUAAUCUGCUGGUGCCGCAGUUUUCUCAAGAGACGUACAUACAGAUUACACAGCUUUUAGAUUUGUGCAUCCUAGAUAUCAACUCACUGGAAUUUAAAUAUGGAGUGCUGGCUGCAGCUGCCUUUUGCCACUUUAUAUCUUUUGAAGUUGUCCAAAAAGUAUCAGGUUUGACCUGGGAGGCAGUAGAGAGCUGUGUGAACUGGAUGGCUCCUUUUGUAGAGACCAUGAUGGGUUACGAGAGCGCAAAGCUUAAAAAUUUUGCUAAAGUCUCUUCUGAGGACCGACACAACAUUCAGACCCACAUCAACUACCUCUCCAUGCUGCAUGAAGCGCAGCAAAAACGCACUAUUCCCACAAAUGGCAUCUUUCCCCCUACACCACCGAGCAGCACCGAGAAAUCCAGCACACACUGAGCGACCAGUGCUUCUCUCUUCCCUAAAGCUAAAAGCUACUGUACCAGGCUGAAACAGUCUUCAUUACAGUGGUUGGGAUUAAUAUAUUGUAUAAGGUAUGUGAAUAGGAAGGUUGACAAAAAAAAAAAAAAAAAAAAAACCUUCCAUGAACUGCAUUCCAUUUCACCCCAAAACAGGAAAAGAAAAAUUCACUAUAGAUGUAUUCACUAAGAUAUAAGCAAAGCACAUCCUCAGGGAUUUUAUUUGUAUCACUGUUAAGAGUACAGUUUGUAAAUAAAUGUUUGAUUACUUAAGAAGCUUAACUUUCAAAAUAUUUGAAAACAAUGUGACCCUGGAAGAUUUAACGAUUCUAAAUCUUGUCCAUUACAGCCAUUUAUAUCCACAUAUAAUGUGCAAUAUUCCAUGCUAUGUAACUACUAAAAUGAACUGUAAUGGUACUAUAAAAGGACCAAGUUACCAAUGUCUUAAAAUAUUAUGUAUAAUUUUUAAUUUUGCCAUCUGAACACCUGUGAACCUGAUUUUUUUUUUUAAAGAAAUUAUUUUGUAAAAUAUGUGCAGUAUUCGAUGAACUUGUACAGAAUUAACCUAUUUCAGCAUUGCUAAAGCUGUUAAAUUAUUUAUGAUUGUGACCCCAAAGUCCAAAUUAGCAACUGAAGGUUUGAGAUCAGUUAAACAGCAUCCAUUAACACAGUGUUCUUAAUGUAGUGCUAGUCAGGGCGUUCCUCUGUGCUGUUGUUUAGCUUUAUAAAGUUACUUAAAAAAAAAAAAAAAAAGUAAGUGUGAAUAUGGAUAUAUUUUGAUUAUAGAGCAAUGGUGUAUAUUUGUAAAAGAAAUCUACAGAAGAAAAUACUGGAGUUACUGAAUGUAUUUAUUUUUGUUUUGUUUUUUUUGUUUUUUGGUUUUUUAAAAAUGUACAUUUGUUUUGCUGUGAAUUUAUUUUAAAAGUAAAGUUUUGCCAUGGCCUGAA